AUUAAUUAUCUGUGGGAAUGGGUUCAAGAUUGAAGCUUGUGUUUGCAGUUUCUUUGUUGCUUCAGCUUUUAGAUUUGUGUAGGGGAAACAAAGUAGGAGUGGCGUAUGGAAGGGAUGGUGAUAAUCUUCCAUCACCUGAUAAAGUAGCACAACUGGUUGCAAAGCACAGCAUUCGAUACCUCAGGAUAUAUGAUUCGGAUCCCCAAGUGUUGAACGCCUUUAAAAAUACCGGCGUUGAAUUCAUGGUGGGAGUUCAUAAUUCCGACUUGCCAGCGUUUCAGUCCCAGUCAUACGUAGAUUCCUGGCUCUCAAAGAACAUCCUCCCAUUCUACCAGCCCACGAAGAUCACCCACAUUACUGUGGGUAAUGAAGUGACCGAGAGCUCAGAUAAUGCCGCCAACUUGGUGAUGGCCGCCUUGAGAAACGUUGUUUCAGCUUUGAGAAAGGUGGGGCUGCAAGAUAGGAUCAAGGUUUCAACUCCACUCUCCUUUGGGGUUUUGUCCAAAUCAUUUCCACCUUCUGAAGGGGCUUUUAGAAGCAGUCUUGAGUAUGUUUUGAAUCCUUUGUUGGAAUUCCUGGAUGAAAACCAGUCACCUUUUAUGGUCAAUCUAUAUCCUUAUUUUGCUGUUGGAGAUUCUUCUUUGGAUUAUACUCUGUUUAAACCAUCCUCCCAAGGCUUUGAAGAUCCCAAUACUGGUUUACGUUACGACAACAUGUUCGAUGCUCAGCUUGAUGCUGUUUAUUUUGCCAUCGCCAGUCGAAAUGCUGUUCAUUCUUCCUUGGCGUCCCGUGGUAGAAAAUCGAUUCUCGUUACAGAAACCGGCUGGCCUACACAAGGUUCAAGAGGAGAUAAGUAUGCUAGUAUUGAAAAUGCCCAGACUUAUAACACCAACUUAAUUCGCCAUGUCACCGAUGACUCUGGUACACCUGCCAUGCCUAGUGGAGUUGGUUAUGUCCUGGAUACACCUGCCAUGCCUGGGGGAGAGCUAGACGUGUAUAUAUUUUCAUUGUUUAAUGAGAACAACAAGGCCGGAGCUGAAAUAGAGGGAAACUGGGGCAUAUUUUAUCCGGACAUGUCCACUGUAUAUCACCUGGACUUCUCUGGAACAGGAACCAAUUCAAAUGGAAGAAGCUGGUGUGUUGCUUCUAGUGAGGCUCCCAAAUCGGCUUUGCAGAAUGCAUUGGAUUGGGCUUGCGGCCCGGGAAAAGCGGAUUGUUCCGCCCUUCAGCGUGGCCAGCAAUGUUUUGAACCAGAUAAUCUAGUCUCUCAUGCCUCUUAUGCAUUCAACAAUUACUACCAGAAGAAUGGGCUCACUGACGAAGCAUGUAUUUUUGGAGGAACCGGGAUCAAAGUUUAUAGGGACCCUAGCCAUGGUAAUUGCAUCUAUAACGUAAAAAGCAGCGAUCCAAACGGAAGAACUUGGUGCGUUGCUUCUAAACAGGUGUCUCGAACGGAGUUGCAGAAUGCAUUAGAUUGGGCUUGUGGUCCUGGAAAAGCUGAUUGUUCAUCAAUUCAGCCUAACCAGCAAUGUUUUGAGCCGAAUACUCUACUUUCUCAUGCCUCUUUUGCAUUCAACAAUUACUACCAGAAAAACGGGGCUAAUGAUGCUUCCUGCAGUUUUCGAGGAAAUGCAAUCAAAGUUGAUAAGGAUCCCAGCUAUGGUAAUUGCAUCUAUCAUUGAAUAGCAAAACUGAAGCAGGUAAUACGACCAGGUGUGAUCACGGGCUUGGUAGUUUCUUUCCAAUGGUUUUUAGUUCCUUUCUGUUUGAAGUUAUGCUGUGUGUUAUGUGCAUCAUUUCAAAGAAUGUUGAGAAGGUCGACUCUAAGUUUACACUGAAUAAUGAGAAUGCACCACUCCCCCCCCCCCAGCAUUCUCCUCACUGUAUCCUGUUUUGUUAAUGCUAGUUCAAGAAAUAUAAAAAGUAUGAACAACAUUGAUGUUAAGGUCUUCCGGUCGGAUUUAAAGCAGAAAACAUAAUAUUAGACGGAAAAACUUGGCGGUCUAAUUUACCAAAUCCAGUAGAAAAUUCAUUGUAAAUGUAGACAGAAGUACCUCACUCCACAAUCUUGACAAUACCAUCCAUCAAACAAGUAAAGAAACAAAGCAAGGGGAUCACAAUAUCACUAUUACAAACAUCAAGCCUAUUGUUUCUGGAA